CUCGUAGUUCCUGGGUGGGGGACACGAGCCGCUUUCAGCCGGAGCAGCGCCACGUGACUGCGCACUUCCGGAAGUGACGCAACAAGACAGGCGGGCCGAGCAGCCGGCGUUUCCGCAAACAGAAUCGUGAAUGGUUGAGCUGUGUUCAUGAAGUUUUAUCAAUUCAAGUAACCAAAAAUGGAAAAUUCUACAAACAUAGAGGAAUGUGAAAAGCUGCCUCUUGAACAGGCAGAAUCUUCAGUAAAUUCUGAACCAGAAUCUUCCCUUAGUGCUGGUGAAAACUCAACAGCUUCUGGCACUGGGCUUUCUGAAAAGACUCUUACCUGUGAGCAGAUAGACACAUCAAAAAAGAGAAAAGAGUGUGAAGAUGAUCUUGUAAAGGAAAGCUCCAGUUGUGAGGAAGACACUCCUUCCAAGAAAAGAAAACUUGAUGCUGAAAUUGCUCCAGAGCAGAAAGGUUCUGGUGACGAUGAAAACAUUUCAAAGAAAAGAAAAACGGGGACUGAUGAUGAUACACAUGAACCUUGCCCUGGAGAUGGUGCUCGGAAAAAGAGAAAACUAGAACUUGAAGAUGUUCCUGAAAAGCAGAAGAACCUAGAGCAUGGACAUGGCUCAGCAGUAGCUGCCCACUAUAAUGAACUUCAGGAAGUUGGUUUGGAGAAGCGUAGUCAAAGUCGUAUAUUUUACCUAAGAAACUUUAAUAAUUGGAUAAAAAGUGCUCUCAUUGGGGAAUUUUUAGAAAAGACUCGACAGAAAAAAAAACGUGAAAUUGCUGUUUUGGACCUGGGCUGUGGUAAAGGUGGAGAUUUGCUCAAGUGGAAAAAGGGAAGAAUUCACAAGCUUGUAUGUACUGAUAUUGCUGACGUUUCUGUCAAACAAUGUCAGCAGCGUUAUGAGGACAUGAAGAGUCGUCGUGAUGGUGAAUCUCUUUUCAAUGCAGAAUUUAUUACUGCUGACUGUUCAAAGGAACUUUUGAUUGAGAAACUUCGUGAUCCAGAAAUGCACUUUGACAUCUGCAGUUGUCAAUUUGUCUGUCAUUACUCAUUUGAGUCCUACAAGCAGGCUGACAUGUUGCUUAGAAAUGCUUGUGAGAGGCUUAGCCCUGGAGGCUAUUUUAUUGGUACCACUCCUAAUAGCUUUGAACUGAUAAAACGCCUUGAAACAUCAGAAACAGAAUCAUUUGGAAAUGAAAUAUAUACGGUGAAAUUUCAGAAGAAAGGAGAUUAUCCCUUAUUUGGCUGCAAAUAUGACUUCAACUUGGAAGGUGUUGUGGAUGUCCCUGAAUUCUUGGUCUAUUUUCCAUUGCUAAAUGAAAUGGUGAAGAAGUAUAAUAUGAAGCUAGUCUACAAAAAAACAUUUCUGGAAUUUUAUGAAGAAAAGAUUAAGAACAAUGAAAAUAAAAUGCUGUUGAAACGAAUGCAGGCUCUAGAGCCGUAUCCUGCAAAUGAGAAUUCUAAGCCUGCUUCUGAGAAGGUGGAUGACUACAGCCAUGCUGCAGAAUACAUGGAGAAGAGUCAAGUGAGGUUACCUUUGGGAACCUUAAGUAAAUCAGAAUGGGAAGCUGCAAGUAUUUACCUGGUUUUUGCCUUCGAGAAGCAGCAGUGACCACUUGGGCAGUUGCCCCUCAGCAGCUGUGCUCUGCCCUGCACAGUCGUGAGCAGCCAUCGCCUGUAGAGCAACAACCUUCUGUUUGUUUUCAUUCUAAAUGUGCAGGAUGCUACCAGGAACUCCAGUGUAUAGAUUGAACACUUGCUGUCUGUGACAGAUGAACUUUCAUGUGUAUAUAAGAAGGGGUUGGGACCUUUGUCUUUAAAAAUCUAUUUUUAAGUAAUGUUCUGAGAAUUCCAUUUACCUCUACUCUCUUUGCUCUUAAAAUUUAUCAUAUGACUUCUUAGGCAGCCAGACUGUUUCCACAGUGUUCUUAUUUGUUCAAUGUGUAUUCACAGUAUUAAAUUUAUCACAUUUGUAGAAUGGUGAAGAGAGCAUACUGAUUCAGCAGUAUGCAUGCUUAUUUCCAUAGUUUUGUUAUAUGGUAUUUUUCAAGCUUAAGUGGGUUGUGUAUAUAUAAUUAAAAAAAACUGUUCACUAUGUGUUGCUAAAGUUACAAGUUUAAAAUUCAGUUUUAGAUGAUCAUAAAAGUUCCCUAGACAGAAUUUUAACAGUUCAUUGCAUUUCACUAGAAAUAACUAAUUUUGCUAAUGUGCAGCAGUUCUGGAACUUUUCAGAACGUUUAGAUGGCAGCAUAAAGUCUUCGUGAAAACUUCCAGUCAUAACAAUUAAUAGUUCCAGUUUUCAGAUCGUAUGUAAUGAGACACAUUUACCCAUCUUCAUUGAACCAUGGGCCGUAGUUAUUUUUCUCAAGAUUAAGUCAAAAUCCCUGUCUUGUGAGACAGUUGUACGUUGUUUUCAAAUUUGUACACAGAACUGCAGUAGGAGGGUAAGGAUUAUAAAGAAUGCAGACAGACUUCAGAUUAAUUCUCACUGAGGUUAUCUCUGGGUUAUUGAUUACUUCAGCCUAUAAGUAGACAGUACUUCUCCAUAGUAGGAGCCAUUGUGUCAUCACCUUUCAAUAUUUUUGUUUUUGCCUUUUCAGAAUCAUCAUGAUUGUCAUUUUAGCUGAUGCCUAUGUGAAUUAUUGUCCUUACUUUAUGGCACUGCUUAGAGAACUUGCCAGCUUUUAGAUAUGUUUAAAAACUGAAAAGCGCAAAGCAAAGCAAUUGCAUAUUCUUUUAAAUAAAGUCAUUUACUCUGAGCAUGGUUUACAAGGACAUUGCUUUCUCUAAUUGUCCAGAGUACUUGUUUUAAAAGCACAGUCUGAAUUAGUUUACAUCUGUUGAUUGUUCAUAGUUAAGAGUAGGGAACUUUCUAGCAAGAGAAUGUGGGUUUCUGCAUUCUGCAGUAGUCAUUUGGGAAAUGAGUAAGUACAUCUGACUAGUUGCUGUCAUUAGCUAGGAAAGGUUUGGGAAUGGUGCUGGGUUGAUAGCUUUGGUAGGUAUAAAAGGCUUUGUCAUCCUUUCCUAGCAUUUCUUAGUUAACAGGUGACAACGAUUCAUGUAUUCUUGGCGUCCUUCAUUCCUUUCCCCUGCAUGUGUAAUUUUGGGGAAAGAAGAAUUCUCCCAAAGGAUGGAAUAAGUAGUGAUGAUACAAAAGAGAGAGAAAAGAAAAGUGGAGUUCCAGGGCUUCCAGUGAGGGAGAGGGAGAGGGAGAGCGAGGUCAGCCUGGAGGGGGCAGUGAGCUGCGCCAGCUAUUGGAGGUGCAGGGUCUCACACAGCCACACCCACAGGAGCUACCUCCUUCCAUGUGCUUUGUUUGUCUUGUUGCCUCUCUGUUCUUGCCCUCCUGCCCUCCUUGCUGCAACUAAGUGGGCAGUGACUUGAGGAACUGUCAGGGAAAGAAUUGGAACAUGAGGGUGACUGGGACACCCCCGGACCUGUGCUGUUUAUCCUCUGGGGAAAAGACCAGAAAUGGAGAUCAAAAAUGAAUCACUUGGAGAAAUGGAACAAGCUGCGGUUGUGGUGGUUGGUUUGGGAAUGUGACUGCACUAUGGUGUAACCAGAAACACUGGCAGGGAGCUCUUUGGGCCUAGAAUCCAUUCAAGGAGCAGCAGCAGUGGCCACAGUGUUGACGGGGACAAGUGAGCAGGGUGCAGCUACAGCUGAGGGGCAGCACCCUCCCCUACAUUGGGUGCAGACUGUAGUAGAGUGACUCAGGGGCUAUCGGCCUGUGCCUUCAGCGCCAGCUACCCAGGUCCAGUGUGACUCCCCACGCAUGUUUGCUUUCAGUGAGAAGGCACUCAGGGAGGCCCUAGCUUAGGUCAGUCACUUGUGCCCCCUCAUCAUGCUUGGAAACUGAGGAGGUAUGAUUGCUGUCUGACUUCUGGUGCCAGUAAGGAGUCAGCAGAGGGACACCGGGUGACGUGAACUUUGGGGUGGGAUGCAGUAGUAAAAAGCAGAAAAACUGUCAGCCAUGGGAGGUUGCUCUUUAGGGAUUCCCUGCCUUUUUUGCUGUUGUGGGAUUUUGAAAUGCAUUAUCUGAUAUGUAGGUCUGCCUACAGUGUAGAAGUGCCAGUGUGAACACUCUGGCUACUGAAACUUCAUUAUUUUUCAUUAUUGGUAAACUGACUUUCUGUUGUCAAAUUCAGGCUUUGAAUUUUUUGGUUAUCUGAAGCCAGUCACUGCAAAGAUCUCAGUGUGAAGAACAGAGGCCAGAUCCAGGGACCAGGGUCAUACAAUAGAAGUUUUACCCAAAGGCCCAUGGAGCAUACUGGCCUGUCGGUCAACUCAGAAGCAUCGAUGAGUGUAGUCUCAACCUCUCUAGUUGCUGUUUGCUCAAAACUGCUGGUAGGUAUUUUCAUUUCCCAGCAACAUGCCUGAUUCUUUGCCAGCAACCAGGACAGUGGCCACUACACUUUCUUACUGAUAGGCAUAAUUAAUAGCAGAUACCCAUGGGGCUGGGCCCAGGAGACUGUCAGCUCUUCCCCUCAUGGACAUCUUCCUUUCUGUCUGCCUCUGUUUGGGCCUGGGGAACAUGAACUUCCUGCUCCUCACUAUGGUGAAGAGGAGGUUUGGGACAUCAGCAGUCCUGCCCACAGUUGGAGGAUUCCAAGGUAAGCCCCAAGCCCUUGGCUGUCUACACUGCCUUAACCUAGGCUUUGGUUUGUUGGGGGCCACAUUCCUAGGACAAAGCUGAGUAGAGAGCUACCAUUUUAUUUAGCUCCUGUCUAAAGGCCAGUUUUCUAAAUACACUUAGUGAUAACCCCUUCUGAUCCUUAACUCCUUAUGGAGUUGGUAAGCACCGUUAUCCCGAUUUGAAUGAUAGGGGAGCCAAAGAGAGGAUAGAAAGUUGUCCAAGAAAGCUGGCCUUUUUGUGUCCGCCUCCGUGUUAGAUACCUCCUGGGGCAUGGGGCCCAGGUGAGUCUGCACCCAUUCACAGUAUGCACCUUGAGAUGUUAACCAUGGGAGCUCCGUCCUUUUUGAUUCCAAACUUUGGUAUUUAAACGUGCUCUUGAGCCAGAGCAUAUGUGACCCACUGGCAAGAAGGCAAAAGUAGACCUGGGUUUCGCAGUCUGGGUCUGUUGACCUCAGAGCACAGUGUGAGUGUAGUCCAGAGGAGGGUCAGCUGGGUGUCCAGGCAGAGGCGACUCAUUUGUUUUGUAACUUUAUUGUUUUGUAACUUUAGAUUGCAGUGUACUAACUGUGCAGUGAUGUUUCACCCGAACCUGUUGUAAGCAGUCAUACCCUAGGAGCCUGCCCUCUGCUUCCUUCCAGUCACUGCCUCCCUGAGGGUGACCACUAUCCUGAGUUCUAAGAGCAUAGAUUAGUUCUGUCAGCUUUGGAUGUUUUGUGAAUGGAAUUAAACAUUAUGCAUUUCUUCUAUCUGGCUUCUUUUGCUCAACACAGUGUAAGAUUUUUGGUUGCAUGUGUUUGUACAUGGUUCAUUCUCAUGCUGUAUAGUAUUUCAUCAGGUAAAUAAACCACAUAUUAUUUAUCCA